AUGUCCUACAUGAGUCAAGAUGAAGACCUAGGGCCCAUGGCAAUGCCUCCCAUGAGUCCCAACUGGAGGCCUAGAGGUCACAACAAUGAUGCAUGCAAGUCUGUUUCAUGGAUCUGGUUGGGAAGGUCCCAAGAUCACCACCACCAAACACUUCAAAGACUGUUUUCAUGGGGACCCACGCUGGUCCACAGCAUUGGCAAAUCUGUUCUCUCUCGCAGGUCACAACUGAAGACACGACGUGAUGUCCACUUCCGGCUCAAACUGAGUGCGUGGACCACAAACGAGUCCAGGGUGAGGGUUUCUCAAACGAGCGCGGUCCUCCGAGGCCGUCCUCACCCCGGCCAGGCUGCGUGCAGCCGCGGUCUGGCAGGCAACGGCUGCGGGAGGCGCGCGCGCGCGGGCGUGCGUGCCUGUGCGCGCGCGUGUGAGCAGCAAGGCGGGAGGCGGCGCAGCGCCUCCCGUGGGGCCCGUGGGGGCGGCCUCCGGGUGGGGGAGGGGCUCCGCUGGGCAGCCGCCCCCGUGCCCGUGGCCCGCGAGGUGAUCUCGGCGUGGUGUGGGGGCAGCAGCGAGAGCGGGAGCCGGCACCCGGCGCGCGGGGCGGAGCAGCGGCCACGAGCCCGGCAGCGCCAGCGGCCGACGCGCUGGUCUGGGCAGGCCGGCGGGGAGGCGCCGCUCGCUGCGCCGGGUCACGUGGCGCGGUCACGUGGCGCGCAGCCGGACCGGCGCGGCGGCGGCCGAGGGAGGCGGAGACUUGCCAGAGACGCGGGGGGGAGGCGGCGGCGGCGGCGGCGGCGGCGGCGCGGGGCUGCUGGAGGCGGAGGCGGAGAGGCGCGGAGAGCUGCGGGGCCGCCGCCACGGCCGCUCGGGAGUGAAGCCCCGCGAGCGAGCAGCGUGUCUGCAAAAGCGGCCCAGUCACCUGUCGUGGCAGCUGCAUGGAAAUCCCGGCGCUUCUGCUGUCUGGAGUCUGUGCUGUUUCCUCUGGCAAAUCACGGAGAUUCCGCUGCCAGUACCACCCCUUCCUCUGCCCUGCGCCUCAAAACCCAGUGCAUGAUGCUGACGUGAAGUUUGACCCGCUUGGGGCAUGUAGCAUGAAAGAGGCUACUUUCUGUUAGGACACUACUUCAAGGUUGGGGAGGUGAGAGUGAUCUACCUUUGUGGAACAAAUGAGGGUGACACCAACCCUCACUGGGGUUGAUGUUAUUUAAAGGCCUAUUUUUAGUCUUCUUACCUACAGAUCUGCCCAGAUGAUCAGGAAGUCUUGUAAUACUACUUCUCCUAGGGAUAAUCAGUUCCCUUGGACAGGGAACUGUUUUCUGGGUUGUCUACUUUUAUUUUGCAGUAGUUGUAAAAUAAAACUUAUGGAAAGCAGUGAGUCCUUUUUCAUAGACAGAUUUUAGCACAGGGGGACUUAUUUCUGGGGUUUUAAAGAAUAUAAAAACCCGUUCCAGGAUUCCUUUUGUACCUGUUCUGUGUCUGAGGUUUUGACCAUUUCACAGUUGGAGUUUAGUUUUUGCAGGCAAACCCACAGGGAAUGGUGUGGUCCUGGCGGAUUCUCUGCCAGGCAGCGUAUGGAAGGCUUGCCUGGGGUUGGAGAGUGGGUUGGGUGUGCAGUGGCAGUGCACCUUGCACAUAGCCACACUGCAAUCCAGAGGGAGUCGUGCUGAGACUGCUGCCCCUCAUAUGGGACAGUUGGAGCUGAUCUCAGCAUUGUGCAGUGAUAGACAUAUUCCGAAUGGGAGAUUCACAUGUUUCUUGCUUUUUCAUGAUAGUUUAUUAUAUUGGAAAUGACUAUAUGAAUACAUUAUGAAUAUUCUAAUCUAGUGUUCGGUUCCUCAAUUUAAAACAAGGAAAGGUGCAUGAAAAUUAUUAGAGAAUGAAUAUUUAAAAAUUUAUAAGUGCUGUGUUUUAGUAAGGGUUUUGCAAGUAGCGGUUUUUUCACAUGUUGGAGGUGGUGUUGACCUCUAGAUUUACAAGCAUGUAGUACUGAGCUGGAGGGGAAAAAAAAAUUUUUUUUUAACAGACUGGAACUUUCAAAUACGGAGGGUGUAGAAAGCUAUGAUUACUCAUGUGCCUGAAAAAUGUAUUUACUGUAUAUUUUAAAAUAAUGACCUCUUCAUUUGGAAAGGAUAUGUAUCAUACUGAAUUUUCUAGUUUUCAAAUGUAGCCAUAAGAAUAACAGUUUGGCUAGUCAUACUGAUUUUUUACUAAAACUGAAUGUAAUUUUUUUUUAACCAUUGACUCGAUGGGUGGUACAGAAAGCCUAUUUUAGAUUGAAUCAUCCAUAGUUCAUGCAGAGAUCCCAAGUAUUGGAAGAAUAGUAGAGACAGUAACCUUACUUCAGGCCAAAUUUUAAAAGUUUUAUAGGGCAGACUGUGAAGACUAGGUUUUCAGUUUGGGUUUGUUGCAGGUAGAGUAUUUGGAUUCAGGGAGAUUUAUUGAUUGCCUACAGUAGGCUUGAGUAAGCUGGUGGCAGUGUGUCUUCAUGUGUUCCACGGCACUUACAUUACUACAGAUUCUCCUAUUUUCUUCUGAGGUGGCAAGAUGAUAGGACACAGAAUGUGCCUUUGUAAGAUGCAGUGAAAAAUUGGGUGAAGCUUCAAACCUGAAAUGCUAUGAUUUGAUUACUGUAUUGGUUCUUGUUUAGGAUUCUGUAAAGAUUUUUCAGUAUUACUAAACCUUGCAGAAAUUAUUCGCUUUCCCUAUGACACUGCAUGGACUAUAUAAUUAAAAUGUCCAGUUUGUUUUAGUUUGGCUGGGAUAAUGUUAAUUUAGUUACUAAAUGUUAAUGUACUAAAUUUUCUGUGGUAAAAUACACAUAACAUAAAAUUUGCUGUUUUAACCUUUUAAAAAAGUAUACCGUUUAGUGGUAUUAAUAAACAGCCAUUACCACCAUGUAUGUCCAAAA